AGGACCGCUAAUGCGAAUUAGCAUGUAAGUAAGCAAAGACAUGCCUGUGCGUAGAAUCAAAGCUUCAGGAGACACUACUGACACGGUGGUGGUUGCCACACUGACUGCCACUCUCCAGCGCCUGAGCGAUGGGGAUUUCGGGUUGACACAAGGCGGUCUUAAGCACAUGAGGUGCUGCACAGGGGGUUGCCAAAAGCGCUUUAGCACUCUCAGCAACAAGCGGUGGAGUUUAUUUAAACGCUGUGAGUUCGGAGGGAGGUUCAGUCUGCUCAGUAACUCAGCUCGCGGGCCGCACACCGGCUGCCCCGCGCCCCCCGCGCAGUGCCCGGCUCUCCCUCACCUCUGCCGGCCGGCUGCGGAGCCCGGCGCUGCUCACACCCCGGACUCCUCAGGAAAACCGCCAGCCCGCACCUCCCUGCCCCCCGCAGGGCCUGGGAGCCGGCCCAAAGGCGGCGGGGACCCCGGCCGGGGUCCAGUCCCAGCUCCCGGGGAGGAACCGCCUCACCCCGGCCCAAUGCGCUUCGCUUCACUCCCGCCCCGCAGCUCUGUCAGGCCGUGGCCCCGCCCCCGUCACGUGCGGGGGCGGGGCGCACGCAGGUCACUCCGCCUGCUCGCCGCCGCAGUCCCGCCGCUGGAGUCGCGGGUCCCGGCCUCUCGACCGCCGCCUGGCCCGCAAUAUGCCUUCGCUGCCCUGGGGCUGCUCGCCAUGCCGGGGACCUGCGGGCGCCUCUCUUCCCUGCUCCCGAGGCUGGCGGCUGCGCUGCUGCUGCUGCUGCUACUGAUGGGGCGGCCGCCCCCCGUCGAUGCCGCAGCCGCCGCCACCCGCGCGCAGCAGCAGCGCGCGGCGCUGCCCGGGGGCGCCUCCGCGGCCGCCUCAGGAUCUGUUUUUACACUAAAAGUUCAAGUGAAUGACAUCAUCAGUCAUCAGUACCUGCGACAAGCGGUUGUAGAAGUGUUUGUCAACUACACGAAGACAAAUUCUACUCUUACUGGAAACAAUGGAGCAGUACUAAUAAAAGUUCCCUACAAAUUAGGAUUAAGUUUAACUAUCAUAUCAUACAAGGAUGGCUACAUGUUAACACCUUUGCCUUGGAAGACUGCGAGAAUGCCAAUAUACUCCUCUGUGACACUUUCGUUAUUCCCACAAAGGCAAGCAAAUCUGCAGCUGUUUGAAGAUAUUGUCUUAAUUACUGGAAAACUGUCUGAUGCCAAAUCUCAACCAAGUGUUCAGUUUCCAAAAUUUUUAAUGAAGCUUCCAACAAAUCACCAUAUUACAAAUGUUACAGCCUAUCUGACAGCACCAGACCAAUUUUUAAAAGAGGACAGCUUUCUCUAUACAACAGGAAUUCUUCUAAAUAAAUCAGGUUUCAAAAGCAUGGAAUUAGCUCCUCUUGCCGCAAUAUGCGUAAACAUUCUUUUGGCUGGGAAAGAACUGAAGGUCAAUGGUCCCAUUCAGAUCACACUUCCUCUUCCCACAAGUACUGUAAAAUCAGGAGAUGCUAUACCUGCAUGGACAUUUGAUAUGAAAACUGGUGCUUGGGUAAGCCGUGGGCUGGGAAUGGUGAAGGAAGCAGAUGGUCAGUUAGUUUGGACAUACACUGCUCAACACUUGGGCUACUGGAUAGCAGCUCCACUGCCUGGAACAAAAGAAUCCAUUAUUAGUGCGGUUUCCAAGGACAUAACAGCCUAUCACACAGUGUUCCUUACAGCCAUACUGGGAGCUACUGUUGUCAUUAUCAUUGGAUUUUUUGCUGUUCUUCUUUGUUAUUGCAGGGACAAAUGUGGUCGGGCACAAAAGAAGGAAAAAAAUACAACUAAGCUGGAGAUCAUAAAAAAAGACCAGACAACAUCAACAACUCACAUAAAUCACAUCAGUGCUGUCAAAGGGUCUUUAAAGUUGGAGGAUAAGUCACAGUUAUAUACACCGAAGAUUUCUUCAUACAGCCCUCAAAGAAGGAUGUCUAUAGACACAGAAGAUGGAAAAUCACGAGACAACUUUAAAAUCUACACAGAGGAUGCUUCUUAUCAGUCAUCCUGUCAGACUGGUCAGGCAAGAAAUUCGGGCCAUUCAUUGGAGCCUAAUGCUGGACUUAGGAAUUUACAGCAGCCGAAGCAUAGUAGCAGUGCUACUUCCCAGGCUCCUAGGGACAUUCAAGACCCAAACAGAUACCUUUCAGUGAAAGAGGAGAUGUAUGGGCUUUCCCAUAUCCCAGAACAUCUAAUGCAUGUUUACAAUCAACCCAUCGCUAUUCUUCAAACCUCUGACCUUUUCCACUCCCCAGAACAAUUGCAUCCUGCUAAAUCAGCAACUUUGCCAAGAAAAGGGCAGUUAGUGUAUAGCCCCAUGGUGGAACCCGUGAAUCGCGAGAGUUACAUGCAAACAUUACCAAAAAUGCCAGUGCACUCUCAUCCACAGCCUUCCGCCUGCAGAGACGAAAACAGUGCAUUGGAUAGUGAAGAGGGCUUACCUUCACAAACAUCAAACUGGGGCCGGUACACUAACAGCUUACUGGAGUCUGUCUCUGUUCCUGGGACAUUGAAUGAAGCUGUUGUAAUGACUCCAUUUUCAUCUGAACUCCAAGGUAUUUCAGAGCAAACACUAUUGGAACUCUCUAAAGGAAAACCAUCUCCGCACCCUCGAGCAUGGUUUGUGUCGCUGGAUGGAAAGCCGAUCGCUCAAGUGAGGCAUUCUUUCAUAGAUCUGAAAAAGGGCAGAAAAACAGAGAGUAAUGAUACCAGUCUGGACUCUGGUGUGGACAUGAAUGAGCAUCAUCCUAGUAGGAAACUGGAGAGAGAGAAAACUUUCGUUAAAAAUAUGCCACAUUCUAAGAUCCUUGACCUGGAAGAUCUGGAUCUGAGUAGCAGUGAAAGUGGGACCACUGUUUGCACUCCAGAGGACCAGGCUGUGAGGCCCAUUCUGGAUGGAGGGAACGGGCCAGUCAUGGACCAGCAUGAUGAAGAAGGUCUAAGAAGAAAAACUGUAUCAGUAAGUCAUGAAGCUGGUAUCCCUUCUGCUAAAAAAAGGGACAGACCAUCUAUUACAAAAAGAGAUAGCAAAACCAAUAUCUGGAAGAAAAGAGAGGAGCGGCCACUUGUUCCUAUAAACUAAAACACAAUGUGCUUUGUGGUGUUGCUCUCUUUGCUGGUUAUUGACCUCUUGGCUGCUUCUGUAAUUCUGCAGUGUUGGGUUUACAAGGGAAAUGUUGUUUUCCAGUAAUGAGCAAAGUUACUGGUUUUUUUUUAAGAUACUGGUUGAGUUACUAAACUUCAACUGGGCAAUUGAUAUUCAAUGUGAAUUGAAAACAGGGAAAUGCAACUAUUAAGAUUUUCCAGUUCCUAAUUUUGCUGGCAGUAUAGGGAAGGCCCACAUUUUAAUUAGCCUGUCAUUCUUGGACACACCUCUGGGAAUGCACGGUGAGAAAUGUAGGCACACCUUUUAAUUUUUUCGUACUUGUUGCUGUUGUGUUGGCAUUGUUAAAGCCAUUCCUCAGCCUUAUUCCUAAUCAAUGUGACCAUCUAUACAGUAUUUUAUAUGUGAACUUUUCUAGCGAUCUGUUCCUACUUCUUUGUAUAAUGUAAAAUGUUUCAUCCGUUAGUCCCACGACACCAGCAGACGAGCUCUGUUGGAUUUACCAGCAGAGCUCCAUAGCGUUGCUGCCCUCCCUGUGUGCCCAUCCCUGUGCAAAUGGUUGCCAUUCCAUGUAGUAGUGGCAGAAGGGGGAAUUAUCCAAACUCUGUGGCCAGUGCACGGUCCCCGCUGUCUUCAGAUGUUGCCCAUCUGCUUUUUUACAAGCUGUGGACAUUAAUGAUUGGCAUCUGCUAUGAAGCAACCACGUCCAGCAGAAAAGGUCUGGUUCUGGUAGCACUCAAAGCUGCUGCUACUCCUGAUCCCAGUGUCUUGUCUUGGUUUUGUUCUCAGUUAAGAUAUUCGGUUCUGCAUGCUGUUGGGCAAGCUGAGCUCCACAACAUACUCUUGAAUCCCUGCAGGUUUGUAAGUUAGAGUUUGUCCCAGAAUCAGAAUACACCAGCUUGGACAAAUUAUGCCUUUGAAACAAUUUUUCUUAGCAAGGAAGUUUGUCAUGGUUGCUUUUUAUUUUAUGUUUAAAAAAAAUGGAAGAUCAUUGGAGGUUCAUGUGCCUACAUUUUGCCAGCCUGAGCUACUUUUGUCUAGGUUGUGCAUUGCAGAGGGGUUAAACAGGCUUUAAAAGUUGGGGGUUUUUAUGAACAUGAGAGCAAAUCGCAAAAUUUGGUCUGUAAUGCAAUAUAUAUAGUACUUACGACUCAGAGUUAAAUUUACCAAAAGUCAUGAAUGCAUGAAAUGUAACUAAGAUAUGUAUAGAGGAAGGAAAAGGCCAUCAGAAUAUUCUUUAUUUUUAAUGUUUAUCUCGUCAAAGUGAUUGCUUCAACUUUGGCUAACAGAAAAGUAGAUGCAUCCCUUAAUGUGCUUCAUAUAGUGUAUCAAAUGUCUUUCUGUGGCUUUGAAGUUGUUUCCCUGGUGAAAUAAGUUCCAGCAUUUUGGCUUUGGCAGUUUGAUUAUAAAUCAUCCUAAAAAAGCAUUAUAAACAUUUCCUUUGGAGCUUGGCUAAGGUUCUAUACCAAGAUGCCUGCAUCUGAAUUGUGGGGUGAGUUGCACUCGGUUGUCUGCCCUGUAGUACACUCAAGAGUAGGGAAAUAUCCCUAACAUUCUGUGAUAUUGUGAUACAGACUCCUGUAAAUGACUUUAUUCAUGUGAAUUCAAAGGAAUGAAGUUUUGCACUCCAGUGUUCUCGCUCUGCAUCCAGGUGGGUAUCUGGGCACCAAAGUAAAAAGAUUAGAAAUGUUGAGAAGAUCAGUUAUAACUUUGAGACUUGAAAGUAACAGUGCCAAAAGACAGACUCAUGUCACGCAGCUUCUCGUCAGCUCUGACAGCUGAUCAAGAGCAAAGGGCAGGGUUUGAUUCUGUUCCAUCAUUCUAAAGGAUCUUGUGGCUAUCUGGAUUAGUCACAAUUUAACCCUGCACAUACGGUAGUGCCAAAUGGCCCCUUUAAAGGCUAUACAUCAAUGAGGCACUUCAGCUUGUAGCCAACAAAGCAAGGCAGAACAGAACAGAUCUUCUUGGAAGAGUUUCUGGCUGCUGGGCUUCUCGGUAGUAGGAAGAAAGAUAUGAUAAAGUUUUCUGAAAAACAGGCACUCCAUCGUACAUGGGAUUGAUAUCCCUAAUGGAUAGUAGCUCCUCCCUUGCCAAACAAGGGUGUGGACAUUUCUUUUAACAGAAUAUUUAAAUGAUUUUCUGGAGAGCGCUUGCUGCAGUUCUGGUGAUACCCUUUCCAAGGCUGUCAUUAGCUGUUGCUUCUCUCCAUGCCAGUCAAGUGACAGCUGUCUUUGCUUGCUUUGGAGAUCCCAUCCACCAACUUUUCUGUGUGUAACUUGCUAGAAUUUUUCGCAUAAUGUCUUAUGCUGCUGGUAACACUUGAAAAGGCUUUUCUAGAGUUGAGUCUUAUAUUAAAAAUAAAUACAUAUCUUGUUUUCUGUGUCAGAAUAUGAUCAAAAGAUUCUGUAGAGAGAAAUUAUUGCUGCAGUUGUAUCUGCAAAGAUAAAUGCCACAUGGAAAGAGGUGGUGGCCCUAACCACACAAUGACAGGGAAUUUUUCCUUGGCCCUACCAUGAGCAUUAAUCUUGGAUUUUAAAAACUCUAUAUAACUCUAAAAUUAUUAGAAUUAUUCUUCAUAUUUAUAUUCAGUAUGUACAGAAUAUAUUAUCUGAGUCUUCAUCUUCCAACUGUAUGUUGGAAUUUAUGCACUGGAGACCUUUAUUACUUAUUAGCAGCUGGAAUUCUUUUUGGUUUUAGAUCAUCAAAAAAAGGAGUUUGGCUAUACUGAGUUCUAAGAAUUUAAAUACAGAGGUAACAAUACAUGAUGUGUAACAUGUGGAAAAGACAAAAUGUGAUCAUGAAAUUUGUGGUCAAACUAAUGCUUUUCUAUAUUUCUAUGUAUGAUAUCAACAUAUGAAUUAAUAGGAAUGACUGAAUUUAUUAUUUAUUUUUUUUCUGUUGGCUCAGUAUUGCAGCACGAACAGAGUGCUCAAAUGCUAGUGCUAGAAUUAGGUCCAUACAAAAAGUGGCAAGGAUUCAUGGCAUACUGCUUUUGGAAAGACCAGGGAGAAAUUCAGCAGUUUUACCUUCUCUGAGUCUGCAGGUUGAUUACUUUGAGAACAAGAAGUGGGCCAUGCCUGAAGCACCCUUAACUAAGCCCCUGCUCAGGAGAGGGAAAUGAGUGGCAAAUUUGGAAAGGAUAUAUUAACAGCUUCUUUCUGAUGCUUGUUUCCAAACUGCUAGGUAUUUGUGCUUCAGUGGAAUCAAUUCUUUUUGAAGAAUACAAAUAUUUGCAAGAAUUAGGUCUCAGUUCUUCACAGGAUGCCUCUUGAGCUAUCAGCUUUUGCAAAAAACCCGCAUAUACGUACGUACAGUUUUUAAGUGAAAGGUGUUGGGUAGGUACAGAAUAGUCAGGACCAAAGUCUGUCAUAUAUUUAAGGUAAAAAGCAGUUAAUAAACUCCAGGAGUUUCCUCACUGUGGUCGCAGUACAUGAUGUCGAGAUUCUUCUUGCAGAAGGUUAUAACCAGUUCCAGGACUUCCCUGGUUUUGAUAAGGUGGUUAAUGGAGUUAGUCAAGGCUUGUUUCUACAGAUUAAGUCAGCUGGCUUGGAUCAGUACUUUGAUGUAUCACAAAUUAAGGCUAAAUAGUCUGCAGCUAUAUGCACAUUAAUCUGGAUAUGUUACCUAGGAUAAGCUAAUUGGCAGUAAUUCUCAGUUUGCUAUCAAAUGUCACAUAUUAUGGAAAUUUUUAAAAAAUGGAGGAAUCACCUAAAUAUUCCAUUUGAUUAACAGGAAAAAAAAUUACAGUACUGUCAGAAAAUAAAACAACUCUAUCUUACAAACCUGAAAGCACAAUCAAUUUGGUAAUUAGAGACAUUAUUUACCAAUGUAGAGCUAGAGAUGAUGCACAAAAAGUAAUCCAGGAUGUAGGAAUGAAGAUGUUUAGUUGUCUGCUUUGUUUUUAUGCAGGAAUUUGUACCAAAGAGGAUGAAAUGAAUGGGCACCAGUCUAAUUACCCAUCUAAUGCUGUACAAAUUAAAAGGCAGUACACUAUAUCUGUUGUCUAGUACUGCAUGUUAGGAAAAUUGAAAGGUAAAUAAGCCUGCUGAAGUGCCUUUUUUUUCACCAGACUUAUUUUAUCAGUGAGACAUCUGACUAUCUGAAAAGCACAUUAUGUUUGUGUUUUUUUUUCUGUUAGCCAAAAGAACCUCAAUUCAUACUUAAAAUUAUGUAGCUUUUAUAGUAUUUUAAAAGGCAGAUCUAGUGUUCUUUAUGUUGGAAUACUGACUCCUGCAUGUCAGUUAUAAUGGUAGUUGUUGUAAACCCUGUUGUCUUUUGUUUUUUGGGGUUUUUUUGUACUUUGUUUGAAAAGAAAUCAAAAAAUAUAUCUUUAGCAAUGUGAACAGUAUUACCUUUUAAAAAUGCACCUACGUGAUCUCAUUCAACUUCAUAUGUCAAGAGUAAGCAUCCUGAAGUCACUGGAUUUACAGGUAUGAAACUGACUGGGAUUUUAACUUCAAAACCAAAAUUAAUAUAUGUUUGUAUAUAAAAACUAUUAUCAUGUUAAAAAUCCUUUUUUUUUUAGCUGCUAACAUCCUUUGCCAGUAGAAGUACAAAGUAUAUAGAGAUAGGUACUUAAUUCUUAUUUUCUAGAACCAGUUUUUAUCUCAAUUUGGAGCCUAACCUGUAUUGUUUAUAUAACCCAAGCUUCUGCUUUUUUAUUUUUUUUUUUUUUUUAAUUUCAGUGGAAUAAUGCAAAGCACAGUCCUAUACCUACUGAUUAAAAAUGAGCAUUCUUUCAUAGUAGUUUGCACUAAUUUGUGCCACACUUCUAACAGUAGGCAGCUAUAUGUGUGUUAAAGAAUUUAUAUGAAAGGUGGUUUAAAUGACUUUAAUCUGACCUUCAUUUUCUAUUAAAAGCAGUGUUCAGUGUGUUCCGAUGACCAAAAAACAACGGCUUCACUUUUUUUUUUCAAGACUGGCAGGGGAAAACUAUUUCAUUAUUUUUAGUAUUAGCACUCUCAGCUUGAAAAUUAUUUUACCAAAUGAAUUUUUUUCAUUCAGUUUAAGAUUUAUUGAACAUUCCUAUAUUUUCCCCCACCCCCCACCUCCAUGUACUGGUACUUUAUUCCCCAGUUAAAUGAUCCAGUUCCUUUGAAGCACUUGUUGCACUUCAGUCCAUAUUAAAACACUAAUAUUUUUACAACACCUUAUUGUGUAGAAAGGUACUUUUUAGUGCUUAUUAGAGCAUGGAGUUCAUCAAAAGCCUGGCUCUGAGAUGCUGAACCACAGGUGAACUAAUGGCGCUGACUGUGCUCACCACCUUGCACGUUGGAGCCUUGUAUUCAACAAACACUUCAUUACAUGGGCAAUCAUUUUCAAAAACACUCUAGUAUGGAUAUUGUUUAUGUAAAACUUUCUUGAUGUUCAGCAUCCUGGUUUUAAGUAUUUCUACCUUUUUAUAUUUUGUCAGAGGUGUAUUUUCAUCUCUGUAUUUACUACAGUCUCAGUGUAUCUGUUGCCUAAAAUGUAAGAUUUGUAAAAUGUUAUAGCUUAUGCAAUAUAAUAAAAGUUUAAAAAAGUCA